CAAAUAUUCAAUAAUUAAGCCUUCUUCCCUUCACGCAAAUAAGCUUUCUCAGCUCGAUCUUCAACUCGUUCCCGGUCGCAUUCUUCAACUCCUUUGCCGCACUCCAAGGAUUCAAUGAAGACCUCAACGACAAUGCUGUGCUGCUUCAUUCUUUUUGCUGCUUAUCUCGUUGGCACCUCAAAGGCGGAAAAAAAUGUGACCACGAUUUUAAUUAAGAGUGCUAUUGCUGAUGGAGCCGUCUGUCUGGACGGAAGUCCACCGGCAUACAAUUGGGAUGCAGGUCAUGGAUCUAGUGCACACAAUUGGUUGGUUCACCUGGGGGGAGGGGGCUGGUGCUUGAAUAGCACCAUAUACGAGCACCACAAGGAGGCCUACGCCGGAAGCUGCAUUAAGCGUGCCGAAACAGAUAUCGGGUCUUCCUUCCGCAUGAGUGACCAUUACCCCUUCAACGGUAUAUUCAGUGAUAAGAAAAAUGACACUUAUUUUUAUAAUUGGAACCGUGUCAUCGUAAGAUAUUGCGAUGGCGCAUCAUUCUCCGGAGAUGUGGAUCAACCGGAUCCGGAAACAAAGCUCUUCUACAGAGGAGCAAGAAUUUACAAAGCUGUCAUUAAUGAGUUAAUGGCGAAGGGCAUGAAAGACGCGCAAAAUGUGAUCCUUGCUGGAGGUUCUGCAGGGGGAAUAGGUGCAAUGAUUCACUGUGAUCAUUUUCGAAGCCUAUUCCACCCCAGUGUGAACGUCAAGUGCUACGCAGAUAGCUCUUUUUUUCUGAAGCUGAAGGAUCCCAAACAUGCCAAGUACUUCAAGACUGUUUUUGGCACAGUUGUUGAGUUGCAGCAAGUCGCGAAGGCACUACCGGCUGAAUGCAUAUCCAAACGGAGUGCAGCAUCGUGCUUCUUUCCAAAACACUUGGUGAAGUACAUAAAGACUCCAAUUUACUUUUUGAAUUCGGCGUUUGAUUCGUAUCAGAUACGGACUACCUUUUCUGAACGCUUACACGAACGGAUAGAGAAACAUACAGUGACUCCAAGUGAUAUGAAAUUGCUCAGAAGUUUCAGGCAACAACUAAUAAACGCAUUGCCUACCCCGUCGGCCACUAAUGGGUAUGUGGUCACUUCCCAGUUUGGCCAUUCCUUCGGUCCGAAAAGUUUGAAGGUACCCAUGUUUCCCCAAAACACAAAGUCAAAGACACUAGAGGAGGCAUUGGUUCAGUGGUUCUUUAAUGAAGGAAGGUUUCACAUUGUUGAUCCCAACGAUGAGCCAUUCUGGAAUGCUACAGCUCCUUGAGUGGUUCUUUGUUAUGGCGUUUUUCUAUUGUCAUCUUUAAAUGCAGACUACUUGAAUAUUGAGUGUUACAUUAAUUACCUCUCAGUACGUAGCUAGCUACUUUAAUUAAUUUAUUCAGAAAAUUCUACAUAUUUUUAAUUAUUAGAAUUUCCACUCACGAGACGUACACAUGCAGUUCGUAAUUAUAAAUUUCUUGUGAAUGAUCAUGAC